CAUAAAUUUGAUGAUACAUUUUUUUUAUUUUAUUAUUAUUAUUUGCAACACUAUGGUAAGGUAAGGCAGGUCACACCACAUGAGGCCGCCUACACACUAUGGUAAUGUAAGGCAGUUCACACCACGUAAGGCCGCCUACACACUAUGCAAUAUAUGUAUAAUAUAAUUUAUGCACUUUUUCUCGCCACCCAAUCAGUUGUAGAUAAUAUUCCAAGCAACACAAAAUCGUCAACAAAUUCAUUUCAGAAAGAUGACUCGCUAUGGAAGCUUAAAGAAGACCGCGGCGCUACACCCGAACCGGUACCCGCUUUCUUGCACGCUGUGCAAGGGAAAGCAUCCAUUGCGGCUCUGCUCGUCCUUCCGGGCCAAGACACCGGAGGAGCGCCUACGGGAGGCACUCAUCGGGAAGUAUUGCAUAAAUUGCCUCGCGGUCAACCACCGGUCAGCGAACUGCCCCAGCGACGCACGGUGCCGGCGCUGCAACGAGAAGCACCACACGAUGCUCCACAUCGGCGAAAAUACCCGUCGCCGCCCCGCAGUGCCUCAAAUCCAAUCAUGGAGCGAACAAGUAAGUUCCGAUGAUGCCCUCUCCAUUGAUGCAUCAGACCCUGGAACGGAGACUAGGCCUCUCCAACCAGAACCGGAGGAGGGAGAACUCCUUGAAAUCGGAGCGGAAACACGGCCUUUCCGCCCAUCACAGCGAGGGGAAACGGAAACCCGGACUUUCCGCCCCCUUCUGCAACAUGAACGUCGCGGACACAAACGCCGUCUGCGCCGUCGCCAAGCGCACAACCCGGCCAGACUGGAGACCAGGUCUCUCCAGCUGCACCGGGCUAGCUCCUUCAGAGCCGGGCUAACAAAUCGAGCCGGCAGAGUGGCUCAUUCCUUGCUGCCAACGACAGCCAUCUUACCGACGGCGGUAGUGAAGAUCGAGGCAGGAGGACGCCUACACCUAAUCAGGGCGCUCAUAGACGCAUGCGCCCCUACGUCGCUAAUUGCGCGCGACCUAGCAGUAGAAUUGAAAUUGGAGCAGACGCAUAUCGGCGGUCAACGAGGCUGCCUUUUAGUACUGCGAGGCAGAAACGGGACAAAUACCCGCAUAUCCACACAUGUAAGGAUAAUGAACGACUAUAUGCGCAUCAGCCCGACCACCACGUUGGACUCCGACCUAGCAGCCCCAUACACCCAUAUCAAGCUGGCGGAUCCAAAUUUUUACAAGUCGUCGCCGAUACGCUUGGUGCUCGGCGCGGAUGUGUAUUCCCGCAUCAUGACCCAACAGGUCAUGCCACACACAUUUGGGCAGUUCCUCGCUCAGGGCUCCAUCUUCGGCUGGGUGCUCUCGGGUACGGCCCGGUACUAGAUUAAGCUAUGUUAGUAUUUAUUUUUUUAACUUAUUCUAUUGUGUUUUUUUGGAAUUCUCACUUAGAAUAAGUAUU